UUUGGCAGUUUAGUAGCACCUGUGACAUUGAAGUUUGAUCUUCCAAAGGCUAUGAUGCUUUCUUAAUUCUGAUCCAUCAAAUAACCAACUAUACCAACCGCCCCUUUCUCUUACCACUUCGUCCCGCAAACUACGCUAAGCAACAUAAAGAAACUAACUUAGACGGAGACAAAAAAAUAUUCAAUCUUUGACAAAGACAGAGACAUAAAAGAAUAAGUGUAAAUUCUGCAAAGAAAAAAAGAGAAGAAAGACUUAUAAUUCUAUGCUGUGACAAAAUAUCCUGUGAAGAUUCUUUUAUUUUGUUUGAUAAACAAUUAAAUGUGGACAUGCAUGUCACGAAUUGGGUUUCCUAGCAGUUGUUGACUCUCAUCAGCUAUGCAAAUGGUCGGAGAUGGAAAUUAUUCUGUUUUUUCCGCAGAGCAGAACCAUUAGUGGAUGGCUAAAGAUUCACAAUUUUCAGGGGGGAAGUCCCAUCUUGAAAUGGGAUCACUAGAAGGAAGAGCAGUACUUCAGCUUGAAGAUGAGAACCUUGUGAACUCUAAGCAUAAUGAUAGGAGGACAACUUCUAUGGAUGCCACUCCUCAGAUAUCCGUUUUUGAUGCCGAUACGGACGAUGUCAGUUGUAAAUAUGUGUGGAAAAAUAUACUAAGGCAGAUGCACAUAGUUUUGUUUACCAAGAAGUUAAACCUACUUAUUCCUUGUGGUCCUUUAGCCAUGAUUGUCGAUAUGUUAACCGAUCAUCAUGGAUGGAUCUUCUUUCUUAGCUUGUUAGGAAUCAUACCCCUUGCAGAGCGCUUAGGUUGGGCGACAGAGCAGCUGGCUUUCUAUACGGGGCCAACAGUUGGAGGACUUUUAAAUGCAACUUUUGGUAACGCGACAGAGCUAAUAAUAUCAAUGUAUGCACUGAGAAGAGGCAUGAUUCGUGUGGUUCAGCAGUCAUUAUUAGGUUCAAUUCUAUCUAAUACAUUACUAGUGCUCGGAUGUGCAUUUUUUGGUGGUGGAAUUGUUCAUUCCAGUAAGGACCAGGUUUUUGACAAGGGAAAUGCAGUGAUGAAUUCGGGGUUGCUUUUGAUGGCAGUGAUGGGCUUACUGUUCCCUGCUGUCCUCCAUUUUACACACACUGAGUUGCAUUUUGGGAAGUCAGAGCUGGCACUUUCCAGAUUCAGCAGCUGCGUAAUGCUUGUAGCAUAUGGUGCAUACCUGUUUUAUCAGCUGACUAGUCAGAAUAGUCUUUACAUGCCAAUUUCUGAGGAAGAGGGUGAGAAUGACGGAAGCCCAGAUGAGGAAGAAGCCCCUGAGAUAUCAAAAUGGGGGUCAAUCAUAUGGCUUUCGAUUAUGACACUAUGGAUCGCGGUCUUGUCAGAAUACCUGGUUAAUGCCAUAGAGGGGGCAUCAGUUGCUAUGAGUAUUCCUGUGGCAUUUAUAAGUGUCAUACUGCUCCCGAUUGUUGGAAAUGCAGCUGAGCAUGCUGGUGCUGUCAUGUUUGCUUGCAAAGACAAGCUUGACAUCUCUUUGGGAGUGGCAAUAGGCUCAUCAACGCAGAUUGCCAUGUUUGGGAUCCCCUUCUGCGUGGUGGUUGGAUGGAUUAUGGGCCGUCCUAUGGAUUUGAACUUCCAAUUGUUUGAAACGGCCACGCUUUUCAUGAGUGUCCUUGUAGUAGCAUUCAUGUUGCAGGAUGGAACUUCCAAUUACUUUAAAGGACUGAUGCUCCUUCUCUGCUAUUUGAUAGUCGCUGCAAGCUUCUUUGUGCAUAUAGAUCCAGAGGCUAUACAGGACAAGCCCACCACAAAAACAUAGAUAAACGUCGUGGUUUCUGAUCAUGUUGACCUGCUAAAGCUGAAGGGCCUGAAUUCAAAUUAGAGUUGCAUAUGAUAAAGAGCCAUUUCUUCAAGUUUUGGCCACUCUGAGCAGUGUAUAUUAACAAGCAUUCAUCUGUUGAUGAUGCUCAGGGUUCUGUAUUACUGCCAUCUGUUCAUUUGAGAAGUAUAUGUUGCUUUGUCAGUUUUGACUGUAUCAUUAGGUCUUUUUGUGUGGCAGCUGGUGAUUUAUUUUUUCGCCUCGAAAAUGGCUGGAUAGUAAACAAGUUUUUGUGUUAUAUAUAUUAGGAAUUUCAGGUUAUUGUAAACACAGUUUUUUUUGCUUGUCAAAAGCAGAAUGUAUUGUAUUUGUCAUCUGUAAUC